AUGACAAAAGCCUUAGAAAACCACUCGGUUACUUACCUGCAAUCUCUACCAUCAUCCCAUCAACAUAUCAAUGCUGAAAUAAUAAACAAACAAAUCAGUCAGUUCAGGUAAAUUUUCAUAUGCGGUCUAUGUACAAUAUGGAUCAAUUGAUCAAUAACACAGCUGCACUAAUCAUUUAUGAAAUGCAAAUCAUUUUGGUUUCUUUCUUUAGAGUCUACAAUAAAUUGAAUGACCGUACUCUAAUUAAACUCAAUUCAUGUUUUCUUGUAGCAGAAUCAGAACAAAACCUUAAAUAUGCUGUUGACUACAAAGCUGUCCUUGACUUAGAGUUGAAAUGUUGUGCUCCACUAAUGCAAUAUCUAGAGAUGUUCGUCAUGCCUUCUCCUGGUGAUUGGCCAACUUGGUACUUCGUGAAGAAGAUCAUUGCACACUCUGAUAACACUUCCCCACUGAACUCUAUAAUACCUGAACAAGGUGCAUUUCAUGUCAUACUGAAUGCCACUGAGGAUGCUGUUGUGUUACUUAAUUGA